CGGGCGCUGCUUAUUAUAGGAGGUGACGGUCUGAUGAUACCGGGCGCCGCUUAUUAUAGGAGGUGACGGUCUGAUAUCACCGGGCGCCGCUUAUCAUAGGAGGUGACGGUCUGAUGACACCGGGCGCCGCUUAUCAUAGGAGGUGACGGUCUGAUGACACCGGGCGCUGCUUAUCAUAGGAGGUGACGGUCUGAUGACACCGGGCGCCGCUUAUUAUAGGAGGUGACGGUCUGAUGACACCGGGCGCCGCUUAUUAUAGGAGAUGACGGUCUGAUGACACCGGGCGCCGCUUAUUAUAGGAGGUGACGGUCUGAUGACACCGGGCGCCGCUUAUCAUAGGAGGUGACGGUCUGAUGAUACCGGGCGCUGCUUAUUAUAGGAGGUGACGGUCUGAUGACACCGGGCGCCGCUUAUCAUAGGAGGUGACGGUCUGAUGACACCGGGCGCCGCUUAUCAUAGGAGGUGACGGUCUGAUGACACCGGGCGCCGCUUAUCAUAGGAGGUGACGGUCUGAUGACACUGGGCGCCGCUUAUUAUAGGAGGUGACGGUCUGAUGACACUGGGCGCCGCUUAUUAUAGGAGGUGACGGUCUGAUGACACUGGGCGCCGCUUAUUAUAGGAGGUGACGGUCUGAUGACACUGGGCGCCGCUUAUUAUAGGAGGUGACGGUCUGAUGACACUGGGCGCCGCUUAUUAUAGGAGGUGACGGUCUGAUGACACUGGGCGCCGCUUAUUAUAGGAGGUGACGGUCUGAUGACACUGGGCGCCGCUUAUUAUAGGAGGUGACGGUCUGAUGACACUGGGCGCCGCUUAUACACUGGGCGCCGCUUAUUAUAGGAGGUGACGGUCUGAUGACAUUGGGCGCCGCUUAUUAUAGGAGGUGACGGUCUGAUGACACCGGGCGCCGCUUAUUAUAGGAGGUGACGGUCUGAUGACACUGGGCGCCGCUUAUACACUGGGCGCCGCUUAUUAUAGGAGGUGGCGGUCUGAUGACACCGGGCGCAGCUUAUCAUAGGAGGUGACGGUCUGAUGACACUGGGCGCCGCUUAUUAUAGGAGAUGACAGUCUGUUGACACCGGGCGCCGAUUAUCACAGGUGACGGUCUGACGACACCGGGCGCCGCUUGUUAUAGGAGGUGACGGUCUGAUGACAUUGGGCGCCGCUUAUUAUAGGAGGUGAUGGUCUGAUGACACUGGGCGACGCUUAUUAUAGGAGAUGACGGUCUAAUGACACCGGGCGCCGAUUAUCACAGGUGACGGCCUGAUGACACUGGGCGCCGCUUAUUAUAGGAGGUGGCGGUCUGAUGACACCGGGCGCAGCUUAUUAUAGGAGGUGAUGGUCUGAUGACACUGGGCGCCGCUUAUUAUAGGAGGUGGCGGUCUGAUGACACCGGGCGCAGCUUAUCACAGGAGAUGACGGUCUGAUGACACUGGGCGCCGCUUAUUAUAGAUGAUGACGGUCUGAUGACACCGGGCGCCGCUUAUCACAGGUGACGGUCUGAUGACACUGGGCGCCGCUUAUUAUAGGAGGUGACGGUCUGAUGACACCGGGCGCAGCUUAUCACAGAUGACUGUCUGAUGACACCGGGCGCCGCUUAUCACAGGUGACGGUCUGAUGACAGUAUGUCUCCCACAAUGCCCUGCUGCAGGUCACGGGGCCGUCGUUGCGGAUCCUGGGGCGAUUUGUUGUCUGGAGCUGUGUGCUUGGUCCAGGAGCUGACACUCUAUUCUGUUAGCAGACGCCCCAGUGCAGGGAUGGAGAAACGUAAGGAGAAGAUGAAAUGCAGCGCGCUGUCUGCCAUGGUGACGGUGACGUUUCACGACGUGGCCGCCUGCUUUGCGGAGGAUGACUGGGACGUGAUGGAGGAGUGGCAGCGGGAGCUGUACCGGAGCGCCAUGAAGGAGAUCCACCGCGCCCUGCAGGAUCUGGGUUACAGGAUCCUGAACCCAGAGCUGUUGGUGAAGAUCGAGAAGUCGGGUGAGCAAGGGCGACGCUGCGGCAACCCGUCAACAAGUGGAGGCGUCCUCGUGCCGGACAUCCUGCUGAAAAUACAACGUCGUAAAGUGGACGGAAAAGAGGCGACGAGGAGACGCACGGAGUCCAUCCGAGGAAGUCGGGCUCGGAAACCGGAAUGUCCGCUGAAAGUCAAGCAGGAGAACAAAGCUUAUUACUCCGAUACCGAAUCCGAGGACAAAGCCACGUCGCCGCCUCCACACGAUCUUGUGGUUGUUGUGAAGCAAGAAGAUGCAGAGGACGAGCAGCAAGUAAAAACACCAGCGGAGUCACAGGAACCGGAGGGUGAGCGGCAGUGCCAAGAGGAAGCAGAACCUCCUGAUCCUGCUAAGAAGUUUGACAAAGCGAAGAGCUCUGAGGAUCUGACCAGUGAAGACCCCACAAAGCCUCUGAGCCCCUCCCCCUUGGUCAGCCCCGAUGGAGAUUCUGCAUUCCUGUUUUCUGAAGCUGGUCUGAAUAGGCCUCUCGCCCCAGAGUACUCCCUGGAGAGCGCCCUCGAGUUUGAGAAGUAUCUGAGCAGCCUGACGCAUCCUGCCCUACGGCGGCCGGCACGCAGCGAGUUUGACCACGGCUUCUACGAGAAUUACAGCAUCCACAGUAAGCAGCGACUGAUGCUGAUGGGGGAGAAGCGUUACCGCUGCACCGAAUGUGGCAAGGGCUUCACCAGGAACUCCCACCUGAAGGCGCACCGCAGGAUCCACACCGGGGAGCGACCCUACAAGUGCUCAGAGUGCAGCAAGACCUUCAGCGAGAACUCCCACCUGACCGUCCACCUGCGGGUCCACUCUGGAGAGAAACGCUACAAGUGCAGCAUGUGCGACAAAAGCUUCAGCGAGAACUCCAACCUCAUCGUCCACCAGCGGAUUCACACUGGCGAGAAACCCUACAAGUGCCCUGAGUGCGAGCUCUGCUUCAGCCAACACUCCAGCCUGGUGCGGCAUCGGCGCAAGCACUCGGGGGCGCGACCGUACAAAUGCGCGCACUGCGAAAAGACUUUUAGCCAGAAGGGUCACCUCAGCAACCACAUCCGGACACACACUGGCGAGCGGCCGUACAAGUGCCCCGAGUGUGGAAAAUGCUUCAGUGAACAUUCCCACCUGACUGGCCACCAGAAGAUCCACACUGGGGAGAAGCCUUACACCUGUGACGUCUGCCACAAGGGCUUCAGCAAGAUCUCCAACCUGAAGGCUCAUCAGCAGAUCCACACCGGUUACCGGCCCUACAUAUGUGCCCAGUGCGGCAAGAGCUUCACUCAGCACUCCACCCUGGUCCGACACCAGAGGGUCCACACUGGCAAACUGGACUCCUUCUGGAGGAAACUGUAUGAGGUGGAGGAUGCUCAAGAUGUCUCCUGGAAAGACAACCUCAGCCCUGAAAGCCGAGGAACUGAGGAGGAACUGUCCUGUCCCCACGACCAGCAGUGCUGACCACCUGGGACUAAUGUACUAUGAAUGUAAAGGAGCCACCCACCCUGUGGAGUCCUGCUCUGUCAAACCGAUAUAGGCAAUGUUAAAGCCUUUAGGUCAGUGUUUCCCAACCAGUGUGCCUCCAGCUGUUACAAAACUACAACUCCUAGCAUGCCCGCACAGCCAAAUGCUGUCCGGGCAUGCUGGGAGUUGUAGUUUUGCAACAGCUGGAGGCACACUGGUUGGGAAACACUGCUUUAGGUCACCCAACUUUCCCAGACCCUAAAAUGUUGAGUUGAUGUAGUGGUAACAGAUGAAGGAUGCUGCAGAGAAGACUUCUGCUUUCCUGGGCGCCUGGUGUGGUGGUGAUCUCCUGGAUUAUAAGGCCAGGGAAGCUGAGUGACAACAAUAUGUCCGCCUUCACUGUACAGGUGCCUGAGCGGAUACAUCACCAAGCCUGUCUGUCUCCAGGAAAGCUGGGUGACAACCCCUGCAGUGGAGCUUUCCCAGAUCUAGAUCUACUGUAGAAGAGCCCGAGAAGUCUUUCCUCUUGUUCUGACGGAGACUCCAGGCUUCGGGAUCUUGGUCAAUGUGAAUUUUCCGCUUUUAUUAUUUAUUUCAGUUUUGCGUCGUUAUAAAUUAUAAUAGUCUCGGACGGUUGUCCACUGCUCAGAAUAGUCAGCCACCGGCUGCGCGAGGCAUGGAAGGGUUAAUUGCGGCAUGAUGCAUGUAGAGCCGGCACCAUCCAUAAUACACAUGAUUGGCUCUGC